AUGUCUGCUACCCCCAUCUAUCUCGGCGUCGUUGGUGUCGGCGGUGUUGGUACCGCAUUCCUCUCUCAGCUUGCUCGUCUCCCCAAUGCCCCUAAGCUCGUUCUUCUUGCCCGUUCCUCGCAGACCCUCCUCGCUCCGGCACCGGCCUACUCGCCGGCGAUCCCCGCGGCCGACUGGGCUACCGCGUCGGCGGCUCCCUCUUUGACCAAGGCUGGCGCUCUGCCGGCUGAAGAGAUCGCCACAUAUCUUGCUGCGGCUCCCGGACGUGCUAUUCUCAAGGGUGUUUCUGUCGUCACCCCCAACAAGAAGGGCUUCUCUGAUGACCUUUCCCUAUGGAAGGACAUCUUCUCCUCCGCUGCCGAGGGCAAGGCCCUUGUUUACCACGAGAGCACUGUCGGCGCCGGUCUGCCCGUUUUGUCCACCCUCAAGGACUUGGUUGCUACCGGCGACGAAGUGACCCGCAUCGAGGGUGUCUUCUCCGGAACUCUCUCUUUCCUCUUCAACACAUUCGCUCCCGCUUCGGGCUCCUCGAAGGCCCAGUGGAGCGCCGUUGUGGCUCAGGCCAAGGAGCUCGGAUACACCGAGCCCGAUCCCCGUGAUGACCUGAACGGCAUGGACGUUGCGCGCAAGCUCACCAUCCUCGCCCGUCUUGCUGGCCUCGAGGUCUCCCGCCCGGACUCUUUCCCCAUCGAGUCCCUCAUUCCUGCCGAGCUUGCCUCCCUACCCUCUUCCGCGGACGGUAUCUCGCAAUUCAUGGCCCGCUUGCCAGAGUUCGAUGCCCAGAUGGCAAACAUCAAGGACGCCGCCGAGAAGGAGGGCAAGGUCGUCCGUUACGUCGGUAGCAUUGAUGUUGCCAACAAGGCCGUCAAGGUCGGUUUGCAGUACUUCGACAAGGACAGCGCCAUUGCUGGUCUGAAGGGUAGUGACAACAUCAUCAGCUUCUACACCAAGCGAUACGGCGCCAACCCUGUCAUUGUCCAGGGUGCUGGAGCUGGUGGUGAGGUUACUGCUAUGGGUGUGUCUUCUGACCUGCUCAAGGUUAUGGAGCGUCUGCACUAG